AUGGAUGAGCGAAGAGAGUGGCAGCAAAAACUUGACAAAGCCGGGAUUGACCCUCGAGGCCUUGAUGGAAAAGAGGACAUUGACGAAGCUUGUGAACUUCUAUCAAUCGACGGCCUUGGGCCGAAGACAAGAUUCCGUGCUUUUCUGAAAGACCUCGGCGAGGUCUGCUUCAACGUAACGGCCGAAAUUGAGGAUGGUCGCUUGAGCAAAGGCGUACGAGCGGCUGUUUACAUGAAGGCUGAUGACAACACUGCACACUUCAUCCCUGGGGAGAAUCCAAUUCGUUAUGGGGAAGGAGAUGACAUCAACAAGCUUUCCGUGUCCCUGUAUUUCAACACAUAUGAGGCGGCGAUGGGAUUUUCGCGGGCUCUUCGCAAGUGGUCGUUUGAUCAUCCGAAUUCUAGUGUUCAACCGAAGGUAUCGCUUGCCGUCAGUUGCAUCCGACCGAUCAACCUUCAGCCCGUUACUUUUGAUCAGUAUGAUCCAGCAGAAGCAGAAGACUCUCCUUGUACGAGUCUGGCAGACUUCAGAGGGUUCUCACUCGUUCUGGCAACAGAGCCAGCAGAAUUAGACAGCCCGCUGAAAACUUAUCAAGCUAUCGAGAGGGCUGCUUGGUUAUCGUCUGUCGGGGCCUAUAAGCUGCAUCUGAAAGACAAAGCACUUCCGGAAUUUAAAAAGCUGCGUUAUGAUGACAACAAUUUGUUGGCGGCGAGCUGGACAUUUCACCAGUUUUUUGAUGGUUUGAAUCUCCCCGACACACCACAUCGGGUACCGCAGGUGGCCGUAAAACCAUUGCGUCCAGCCACGGAACGUCAUAUAUUCAACGACGGGGAACGACGUCUGCGGAUCGAUGUGCAGGUUGAGUGUUUCACUCAGAAAGCCGCCAAUACACUGCGACCCUAUAUUCCCGACGGUGGCACUACUGUUGCCAUCUAUGCACAAAACGCUGAUAUUCUCUGGGAAUGUCUGCAAUGGAAAUACGACGACAGCAUUGCAAAAUGGGGAGCUUAUCAAGCGGAACUCAAUCAAUAUUAG